UAUAUAAAGCCCGCCGACCCGGCCCAAGUCAGUCAUUCACCGGACUAUCAGCCCAAUACACACACCAAACAUGAAGGCCUUUAUUGUGUUCGCCUGCUUAGCGGUAGCGACGGCCCGCGCCGGAAUCGCUCAUGGUGGUUAUGGUGGUUUGGGAGGACACGGUCUGGCCAUCACCGGACGUGGAGGACAUGGUGGUGCCGGUCUGACCGGUGGACUCGCCGCUGGUGCUGGAACCGCCGCCUCCCUCCAGGGUGGUGCCUCUAGCUUGGGAUCCGGUGGUCUUGGUGCCAGCUACGCUGCUGGUGCGGCGGCGGCGGCUGGUGCUGCAGGAAUUCAACAAAUCGUCUCUGGUGGAGUCAUCGGCGGCAGGUCCGACAUUGGACCCGCUGAGGGACCCAAGGCCAACGUAGGACCCCAAACCGGACCAUCUGAUCUCGUAGGACCCCAAGAGGGAGCCAAGUCCGUUGGUGGACCCCGCACUGGACCCGCCAGUCUUGUAGGACCCGCUGCCGGCCCAUCCACCCUUGUUGGACCGUCCCAGGGAACCGCUACCCUUGUUGGACCCUCCCAAGCUACUGCUAACCUUGUUGGACCUAGCUACGGUGGUGUUGCCUUCUUCGCCGGAUCUGGUGGCAUCAACGGUGACGAUGGAAGCUCUGGAGCUGCCGCUAACGCCGCGCCCGGUGGUGGUGCCGCACUUCUCGGUGGUGGUCUCGGUCUUGGUGCCGCUGCUCCUGGCGCAAUUGCUGUCAUCGGUGGUACUGCUGGAUAUGGUGGCGCUCUCGGUGGCGGUGAUGCCGGAGUUGCUGUGAUCAACGGACCCUCUGGCGCCAUCCACGCCGGUCUUGGAGCUCAUGGAGCCGUCAUCCCGGCGCCCAUUGGCAAGUGGUAGACGUUUUAAGACCCCAGCGAUCUCGGCUCGGCGACGGCGGCAAACUUACCACAGUCACUUACCGGUCUCGAACGAUCCUCAAACGCGCUCAACGUCUUCUUCCCCAAAGCUUCGCCCGGUCCUCGGAACAUGGUCGAAGCGCGUCCGACGCCAGUGAUAUGAUCUGAUCGACAGAUCGCUCGGAAUUGCACACACGCACUUAUACAAAACAGGUUGACGAAGCGCGAAUUUGAAAGACGGACGGCGCCGUGUCGGGUCGGACACACUCUCCAACCAACAAACGAGAUAUCGGCAAUCUCGCGGUUUCGCGGUCUCUGUUUCUUCAUCUCGCUCUCGGCCCGUUUACUUACAAACCCGGGCGAAAUUUAGUCAAUUACCGUUCAUCUUAUGGCGGGAGGCCAAACGAUAUAAAGGCGAGAAACGAAUUCCGUGCCGCGUUCGUUCCGAAACGUCGACACUUGUCAUUCAACCACGCGCGAUAUUCCGAGUUGCAAAUUUAUUUCGCGUGCAACCUAGCCAACCGUGCACACACGCGUGUCUAACGUCGCGCCGCAUCAUGGGCCCAGGCCAAAGUGGACGAGCUUUGGCACUUCGCAGUCGCCGGAUCAACUGGAUCUGUUCUGUUUUCUGAACACUUACCGUUGCUCCGGCGCGCUAAGUACUUCUUCUCUUGCGUCUUCCACCAUCAGUUAAGGCCGCCGCUCUUCACAUACAUAUUUACUACUUCUCUCUAUUUUUUUUUCUCUCUCUCUUGGGUCGGUCGCGUCCUCAAGCGCACCCUCCCGCAUGUUGUUAUACUUACCGCCGCACUUUCUCCUCCCCCAGCAUACAUAUUAUUAUUACAUACUCGUCCAUGCACAUAUGUUUUUCUUAUAU